AUGGCUAGUGAGAAGCUUCAUGGGAGUUCAAGCAUGACACUUCUACUCCAAAGAGAAAGGCUUCCAUGCUCCCCUGAGCUUAUUCAAACCUUUUGGGUUCAAAACUCUGAACCUUCUUUCCAAGGUUCAAAAUCCUUUGUUGAUGUUGUGAAUGUGACGGAGAGGCCCUUCUUCCGAGGGGUUGAGAAAGAAGAGAACGGUGAUGAUGAGGAUUUUGAGGCACUCCCCCAUCAACCCGGUAAGAAAAGGAGGCUCACAAGCGAACAAGUUCAGUUCCUUGAAAGUAACUUCGAGGUGGAAAACAAGCUUGAACCCGAAAGAAAAGUCCAACUUGCAAAGGAACUUGGCAUGCAACCAAGGCAAGUGGCCAUAUGGUUCCAAAACCGUAGGGCAAGGUUCAAGACCAAACAGCUAGAAACAGACUAUGGCAUGUUGAAAGAUAGCUAUGACAUUCUCAAAAGGGACUAUGACAAUCUCGUUCAAGAGAAUCACAAGUUGAAGGAAGAGGUUUAUUCUCUCAAGAAGAAAGUGAUUCCCGGAGAGAAAGACGGACAGAAUUUGGGUAACACCAGCUCUGAUGCUGUCAACUCAGAGCAUAAAGAGCAGAAGGAUUUGAUCAUAAAUAGAGGUUCUGAAAAUGGAUCCAAGGUGGCACUUCCUGUUAUGGUAAUAAGCAAACAGGAAGAUGCUAAUUCAGCUAAAAGUGAUGUGCUUGAUUCGGAGAGCCCAUAUUUCACUGAUGGAAACCAAUCCUCACACUUGGACCCUGCAGAUUCCUCUCAUGCUUUGGAACAAGACCACUCGGAUUUCUCACAAGAUGAGGAAGACAUUCUCAGCCAAAACAUCUUGACCAUGCCAUUCCAACCAAAGGUUGAAGUUGAAUAUGUAUGCUAUGAUGAACCACCUGAAAAUCCUUGCACUUUCCGUUUCCCAGUGGAAGAUCAAACCUUCUGUUUCUGGUCUUGUUAA